AUGGCCUUUAGCGCUAGUUUCGCACCGGCCGGGAGCUUAGACAACGUCGGCCGCAACGCCGGCUCGGUCCAGAGGAUGAAGGGUCCUUGGACCGUGUGUGCUCGUGUUCCCACCAUUUCAUCCUUUUCUGGUACACCUGCUGGCUGCAUGAGCUGGCCGAGAAUGGUAGCCGAAUAUCGUAAAUCCACGUGUCGCGUCUGGUGGGUGCACGCUGUGGGCGAUGAAUUGCGAAUGUGGUUCCGUUAUCUCAAUCGCCGGGACAGUCUGGAGAUCGAGCGCAUGACUUGGUACAAGCAUGUCAAAACCGGUUCUUGUCGAGUAUCCCAGAUUGUCAUUGACAAUUCCAUCCCAAUGGUGGUGAAUCGAGAUCUGCGUCGUUUGUAUCGAGAAUAUAGAGAGGAAAAGUUAUGCAGAGAGGUGUUACCCGUUCCCGUGCCGCAAAAGGGCUUGAUGGGAUCCAUACCGUAUUCUCUCCCUCGGAGCCCAAUCAAUGCGGCCGGACGUUUGUCCAGCUACAGCAGGUAA